UUGGUUCCUUUUUUCAGUAAUUUUGUGUUUUCAGACUUUAUUUGGUUUAAUCGAUGAUCUUCUUGCUGUUUUCGUUGUUCUUGAUUGUGUAUCAUAUUUAUAGAGCUAGGUUCAGAAUUGCUCUGUCCUUGCGGAGGUUGUGCUCCUUGUUUUUGGGUGAUCUGAAUUUUGUUGAUUUCUGAGAUUUCCGCCUUGUAUUCAAGUAAACAUAUAGCUUCAUGGAUGAUGGCCUUGGGAAGAUAAAGAUUGUUCCAGAUCACUUUCAAGUUUCGACUGCUAGUGAGAACGCUCCUCAAAGACAUAAUACACCUAAUCUUCAGCCAAGAAUUGAUAAUUCAGCUAGGUCCGGUAGCCGUUUUUGGGCUAGAAGACAACUAAAGAGAUCUGCAUUCAUGUUGAAUAUUUUUAGUCUACGAGGGCUGCCAUGGAGUUCUAGCAGUGAGGAUCAGCAAAAGGUUGAGUUGACUGUAGCAGAGUUAGAAUCCCUUCGGUCAGAACUUGCUGACAUAGAAGAGAGGGAGGCACACUUGAAAGCACAGUUGGAACAUGUUGAUGAAAUUCUUCGCUCUGCUCGCUUCUCUGGCUAUUUAUACAUUCGAACAAGAUGGACAGCUUUACCUGGGGAACCUCCUCCAAUUGAUGAUACUGAUGUUGAUGAUUGGCUUCCUCGUUUUGUUGUCCUUCAUGGGCCUUGCAUCUUCUAUUAUUUGUUAUGUACAGAUUUGAGUCCUCAGGAUUCCACUCUGUUGUCUGAUAUUGUUGAAGUGGGUUCUUUGCCAAGCUUUACAAGAGAAGAUGAUGAGACACGAUAUUCCUUUUAUAUCUUAACUCGUCAUGGGCUGCGAUAUGAGUGUUCAAGUAUUUCUAAAAUACAGGUGGAUGCAUGGUUGGCAGCAUUGAAAACUGAGUGCAAGUCGGGUUCUGAUGCAUUGAGUGAGAUUUGAAUAAUUGAUGCAUGUUCAUUUGUAAGUUGUACAUAUGAAAAUAGUUAGAUGUUUAACCUUUGAUCAGUUCAUCGUAGAAUGGAAUAUGAUGAUACUAAUUCAUUCAUUCUAUUUUUGUACAUAGAAUAACGCAAAAAUUAAAAAGGAGUGAUGUUGUACAAUCA